AUGGCAGACGACCAAGAAGACGACGAGCCACUCGUCCUAUCGGGCUCUGCGCUCGACGCCUUGAAAGAAUUCUAUGCCGAUCGCGAUGCACACCACAAGCAGUUUGAGGACCUCAAAGCGGCAGCCGAGGACAACGCUGUACCGCUAAGCAUGGAUGCUUUUGCUGAGGAUUGGAAUGAAAGCCAAUUUUGGUAUUCUGAUGAGACUGCCGUGGCUCUAGCUGAAGAGCUCUUAGAAGGUGCUGACAAGGAGACGACCAUUGCGGUUGUGAGCGCACCAAGCGUAUUCGUGCAGGUCAAGAAUAUAUUGGCAAAGAGCGGCAAGACGGAGGAUGAAAGGCCCAAGGUCUAUCUCUUGGAAUUCGACCCGAGAUUUGAAGUCUUUCCUGAAUUUGUCUUUUACGAUUUCAACAAUCCGCUGAACCUGCCACAAGAAGCGAGCUUGAAGGGGAGUGUGGACAAGAUCAUAUGUGAUCCGCCGUUCUUGAGUGACGAUUGCCAGACUAAAGCUGCUUUGACGGUUCGGUGGCUGUCUAAGUCUUGGGACACAGCACCAGCUUCUGGUCUACGAGUAAUUGUCUGUACGGGAGAGCGGAUGGAAAACCUAAUCAACAAGUUGUAUCGUCCAGCUGGGGUAUCAACAACGACAUUUGAGCCGGUUCACUCCAAGGGAUUGAGCAACGAAUUCUUCUGUUACGCAAACUUUGAGUGUCAGAAAUGGAAGUGGAGGGUGCAGAGUAACGAUGAGAUACCACGGGCAUAA